AUGGCCUCACACCUCAUCAUCAUCCCCACCUUCUCUCUUCCACCCACAGUCUCAGCGCGACUGUCAAUCCAUCAUAGCGCCACCGUCACACAACACCUCAUCCUGCCCACCUUUCUCCACUUCACAGUCUCAGAAGUGCCACCGUCACACCACAUCUCAUCCUGCCCACCUCUCCACUCCACUCUCCAGUCUCAGUGCCACCUGUCACACAACACCUCAUCCAGCCCACUCUUCCACCCACACAGUCUCAGCGCGACUGCUCACACCACACACAUCACACCCCCCAGCCCACCUUUCUCCACCCACAGUCUCAGCGCCACCGUCACACCCACAUCUCAUCCUGCCAUUUACCUUCUCCACACCACAGUCUCAGCGCCACCGUCACACAACACCUCAUCCAGCCUGCACCUUUCUCCACUCCACUUCACAGUCUCAGCAAGGCCACCCGUCACCCACCACACCUCCAUCACCGUAGCCACCACCACCACCACCAUCCACAUCCUCAGCGCCACCGUCACACAACACCUCAUCCAGCCCACCUUCUCCACUUCACUCACCAUCUCCAGCGCCACCGUCACACCUCACACCCCAUCCUGCCCACCUUCCACUCCACCCACAGUCUCAGCAAGCACCGGCCACACAACACUUCAUUCCAGCCCACCUUCUCCACCUGACUCGCUCCAUCUCAGCGCCACCGUCACACAACACCUCAUCCAGCCCUUUACUUUCUCCCACUUCACAGUCUCAGCGCUACCAUGUCACACCACAUCUCAUCCUGCCCACACCUUCUCUUCCACACCACAGUCUCAGCGCCACCGUCACACAACACUCAUCCAGCUUCUUCCACCUUCUCCACCUCCCACAGUCUCAGCGCCACCGUCACACAACACCUCAUCCAGCCCACUUUCUCCACUCCACAGCCAUCUCAGCGCCACCCGUCACACCACAUCUCAUCCUGCCCACCUUCACUCCACCCACAGUCUCAGCGCCACCGUCACACAACACUUCAUCCAGCCCACCUCCACUUCCACCCACAGUCUCAGCGCCAACUGUCACACAACACCUCUGUACCCACCUGCUCCACUCUCACCAUCUCAGCGCCACCAUCACACCACACUCAUCCAGCCUUCCACCUUAAUUCCACCUUCAACCACCAUCACACCACACCUCCAGUCCAUCUUCUCCACCCACCACCAUCCUCCAGCGCCGACAUCACACCACACCUUCCAGCCCACCUCCGCCCACCCACCACACUCAGCCACCGUCACAACUUCCAGCCCACCUUCCACCCACCACCAUCUCAGCGCCACCGUCAUCAGCACCACACUUCCAGCCCACCUUCCACCCACUCCACCAUCCCAGCGCCACCAUCACACCAAUUCUAGCCCACCUUCCACCUCACCAUCCCCAGCGCCACCAUCACACCACACCCCAUCCAGCCCAUCUCCACCACCACCAUCUCUGUUCCACCGUCACACCACUUCCAGCCCACCUUCUCCACCACCACCAUCUCAGCGACUGUCAUAA